GCCUGUCCGAGUGUCCCAUGCUGCCUGACCUGACUGCCCUGUCCUGUCCAGACUGGACUGGCCGUGACCCCUCCCUCCCUCCCACUUGAUUUGAGCCGUCAAUAGAAUAAUACAAUUUUACUUGCCGCUGUUGGGUCAUUAUUACCCACGCUGCCAGGCAAGGUGGGAGGAAUUUGUUGAGUCCCAUUCUAGAACUCAAAGUUCAGCUGCUGUUUCUGUCUUGAAUUACCCUCGUACGUUAUCAAUAUCCUAUUUUAGGUGCAGGCGGCCAUAUUUUCUAGCCUCUCUGCUUCCUGUCCCCCAGUCCCCUCCCCCUCCCCCCUCACCUCACCUUGCCCUCGCCCCUCCUCGCCCCUGCUGCUCAUCAGCUGAAUCCAGCCAACCCAACCCUGUGCAUUUCCCGGGCGUGACACCUCCCUCGCCUUCUGUUUUUCUCCCACUACAUCCUUCCAUUCCCCAAGGCAAACAGACUAAAUCCGGGGUCUGAUCAUCGGCAGCCUGUCCUCUCUGCGCUCUGCCGUCAAAACAAACAAACAUACGCACACACAUAUACACACACGCACCUUUGUCCAGAGCCUGAUCAGCUCAUCGGCUCGCCGCUGACGUCACCUUGUCCUCCCUGCCACCCAGAGAGCAUCCGUUAGCCAUGAGCUACGACUACGAUCCUCCCCGCCGCCAGCGAAGCACCCGGGAGCACUAUCGCGAGGAGAGAUAUGCUGAUCCACAAGAUCCCUAUCUGAGGGUUCAGUCCACUCGCGACCUCGUGCCGAGGGGUCGGGAAGACAGCGACCUGUCUGUAGAGGAGAUCCGUAGGGACUUCCCUCCACCCGGCUACGCCCCCCGCGGCGAUAUUCGGAGGGCUCGCUCGGCCGAACCCUAUGACUAUGACGAUGAUGCGCGCUCCGCCUACACCCGCAGGAGCCGCGAUGACUACUACUAUGAUCGCGACUACGAUCGUCGCCCGCGCAAGAAGGCCGAAAGCGUCUACAUCGAGGAGGAGGAGAUGAAGCGCAAGCGUAUUCUUAGCCAGCAGGAGAAGAUCAUCGCUGCCGUCGCUGGCGCUGCCGUCGCCCUCGGCGGCAAGGAAGUCUAUGACCGCCGCGAGGCCAACGAGGAUGGCACUGACGUCCAUCGCAACUUGAUCUCCUCAGCUGCCCUGGGUGCUGCAGGUGCCUUUGCUGCCUAUCAGGGCGCUGAAUUCUACAACAAGCGCGCCGACAAGACCGAGAAGAAGUCCACUCACAUCGUCCACAAGGGCCGUGAUGGCAGAGUCACCGAGUACUAUUCCGAUGACGAGGACGAAAAGCACAAGAAGGGCCACAAGAACUUUCUCGAGGCCGCCCUCGGAGCCGCCGGUCUCGGCACAGCCCUUAAGGCUCUCACCGGCGGUGGCGGUCACGACGAGAAGCACGGCGACCGGGACAGGGACAGGGACUCACGAUCCGACACCAGGAGCCGUCGCGGGAGCCGCGAGAGAUCUCAGUCCAAGGGCGGGCCUGGCAACAAGAUCCAGAAGGCCGCCAUGGCCUCCCUCAUUGCCGGUGCCACUGAGGCGUUCCGGGUCUCCAAGGAACCUGGCGCUUGGAAGGGAGAGAAGGCCAAACGAGUUCUCACCGCCGCUGCCGGUGCCGCGACCAUCGAUGCUGCUCAGAAGCCCGGGAAAGACGGCAGCAAGCUUGGCCUGGCUGAAUCCGUCAUCGGCGGUCUUAUCGGCAACCGCAUGAUCAACGGGUCCAAGAAAGAAAUUAUCGAGGACAAGGCCACAGGGCGAAGCCGCUCGCGCUCUCGUGCCAGGUCUGAGAGCAGCAAGGGAGGUGGUGGUGGCGGCGGCGGCAUGGGCCUCGCUGCACUGGCUACUGCCGGUCUGGGUGCCAUUGGCGCCAAGAAGGCCGUUGACAACAUUCGUGACGAACGGUCACGAUCCCGUCGCCGGGACGACUCUCGCGACUCUUACGACAGCCGAGACGAGUCCCCCAGGAGACGCACGCGUAGCCGUAGCCGAAGCGUCGUCGACAAGGCCCGCAAAGGGCUGGCGAGAAUCGGCCUAGGCAAGGGGGAGGAUGAAAGCGAAUAUGGGUCCCCACGUGGAUCGCGCCGAGGGGGCCGCUACGACGACGAUUAUGAUUCUCGGGACGGCCGAUACCGCGAUGAUUAUGAUGAUGACCGGUCCUACCGGGCUCGUAGCCGGUCAAGAGGAGCCCCGUCCCGAAGCCGGGCAUCCUCUCGGGGGUCGGUAUCCAGUUCGGAUCUGGGAGAUUCCGAUGAGGACGAGAAAAGGGCAAAGAAGAUGCGAGUUCCUCCGCGGGUUGGCGGCAGGUACGACGACGGGCCCCGUUAUUCUGAUGGGAAUCCUUACUCUGCCUUGCCGGCACCCCCUUCUGGCUACAGCAGCAGCAGAAGAUGAGCACUCAGGCGCGUGAUGCAACAAGUAUGGAUGCCUCCGUUAACAAUCUGCCCAUUCUGCUGCCGCGCGCUCCUCCACCUACACCCUCACCAGAUCAGCUUGGCUCAUUAUGCACAUCACGUCAUGCGCCUGUCUGCCUGCCUGCCUGCCUGUCUGUCUGUCUGUACGACUGUACCACCGUGGCACCGCACAUCUCGCACAUUUUACAACAAGCACUAUACCCUGACGACUGUUAUGAUCAAAAGAUUUGGAACAUGUGCGACGAAUGGAAGGCGUUGAAACGAUCUUGUGGAACAAUGUCUCUAUUGGGUCUAAGAUAUGUCGAGUGCUUUCAUCUUGGGCUUCCUCGAUUGGCUCGACGACUCUACCUCCUACCGCUGCAAUGCGAUGGUAGCCAUGGCUUGGGCUCCCAACCCCUAGCUUCUGCUGCUGCUGCUUCUUCCCUUGUCUCAUGAUGCCUACGCCACGCCAGCUCAUACACAUUUACACGCGCUAUGAUCUCUAUAUACGCCACCAAUACCCCCAAAGACUAUACGGGUGCAUUUGGGGAAAACAGAUAGACUCCCCAGGCAUUUACUCCAGUCCCUUUCUACACGGCACUAAUUCAUUUGCUUUCCUUCCACACAAAACGUUCCCGUGCAAGUUACUGAUGAUAUCCCCUUUUCGUGAUAGAUCGGCGCAAUCGCCGCUAAAAAAAAGAGAGACGAUCCCUCCCGCGUCUUAUGGAGUCAAGGAUGUCUCUGAGGGAUUUGGGAGUUCUAGGCCCCAGCCUGUUUCUCUCUGGGAUGCAGCUUGUGUAACCGCUCCUUCGGGUUCGGCCACACGAGCGGACCAGCCGGGAUUAUCAGCAAGUGGGCCACAAGAGCCGCAUAUAAACCAAAGAACGAGAGCAUACGAGACAAUAACGCGCGAACCACGCGAGGCGAGUGGCUGACCGCGACGAUCACCUGCAGCCAACGUACCCACAGAUCGGACGAUCGGUGAUUUUCUUUCAGUCCUCGCAGUGGAAGACAAUGCGAACGGGCCCUGGGACGGUGCACGGAGGAAAAAUGACCGGGGUCCCACGAGGGGUAGGGGGGUUCUGGCAGAGUUGGCUGAUGCGGGUUUUAAAACGGGCAUCUAAAAGGGCCCUCGUGAGAAGCGAAUGGCCGGGAGACACGUCUGUUAGUUCGGAUGCCGCAUAUUUUUUUUGGAGAUGGUUCUGGGCUGGUUGGGCGGUCUUUUUUGGGGUGGGAGACCAGCGUCCUUGGGAUUUGGGAACGACAAAGCUCAUGACAAUGCAAGGGGCUAGCCUAGCCCACGCGCAGAACGAGAUGACGACGACACCUUUAUGACCUGAUUUCUUUCUUUUAUACCUCUGCUCUUACUCCGCACAUCACGACACCAAGAUAGCCUCAUAGCAGUCAAAUGCACGAUUUCAUGACCUUGGUGAUACUCGGCAGCAGAGAAGUACAUGGUGGCAACGUGCGUCACACAAGAGUUGUUCCCAAUGGGGCUCUGAACGCGUGACUGCCGAGCUCUGCGACCGCUGUGACGUGGAGACUGGCCGACCUGGGGGACGUUGAGAUCUCUGACAGGUACAGCCCAGCUAGUGCGGUCUUGUCCAAAUGCGACGACGCGCCGGCGAGUAUCUGGCCGGGGUUGGUUAUAACUAUGAAGCGGUGUGAGGGGGAGGGGGGGAGGGGGCGCACUCGGGCCUCAAGGACAGAGAUGCGGGACACGAAGCGCAUGACCACCUCGUUCGGUGCCCAGCAGGCGCGUGUGGGCGGGUCUCUGCACCUCCAGAGGGGCGGGCUUGAGUGAAAGUCUUAUUGAGCUAGUAAUUAAUAAUUAGAUCUAGCCAGCCACAACGUAUCUGUGACUGUGGCGUGUUGGGCGGGGCCGAGGGGAGGGGGGAAGGGGGCUGUCCUUCUUUCUGUCUGCUCUCCUCUCUUCCGGAAAUCCCUGACCACCGCUCCUCAAUUUCUAUUCCUCUGUUGUGUACUAUGAGUGUGUGUUCUUGUGUGUGCUGUGCGAGUAUGUAAGGCAUGUUAAGGCAAGUAUUUUCCGCCCCCCGGGCAGAGCCGAACCCACCCCGGCUGACACCUCUUCGCCUCUUUGCGCACGGGAACCAAGCAGGCGGAAAGACGAGCGGGAGUUCCCAGCUUGGCAUUGGCGGUCACGCCCAUGACAUCACCGUGCAGCCGGCCCAGGGCGAGACCGGGCCUGUGCCUGCCUGCCUCCCCCGAAUCUGCCAGAGUGUACCUGACAUGGGUCCGGGCCGGCUGGGGUAAGAAUGAGACGAGGCCCUUUGGCCCCGCGCUCAGAGACAAUGCACGCAUAGGGAGGCUGACUGCCUGGCUGCAGACCGGUUGGCCCUACUGUGUAUACGUACCUAGGCACCCAGGGUACUGCUUGUGCGCAAGCACCGUCGGACGACCACUGAUGGACGAAGCUGCUGCGAUGGUCCCGUGCAGUGUCGAGAAAUACUUGCCUCGGAAGAUUCCGACAGGACGACAGGAAAGGUCUCUGUGGCCCGAGGAAGCCCGCCUAUCAUUGUGUCUCAAGCUCGGUUACCUCCUCCGAGGGCACAACAGCAGUCACAGGUGACACGGGGGGCCGGGGCGUGACGGGUAAAAUGCGAUGCUUUUUGAUCGGCGGUAGAAAAGGCCCUGCGAUCUUAUUGCUGUUUCCAUGCCUGUGCCAUAGCCAAGAAGUUGGAGAUGUCCGCCGGCUGCUGCUCGUCCACGGGGAACACGUAGUCGAUGUACUCCUCCAUCUCGCCCUCCUCAUUCUUCCUCGUCUUCCUGACCUUGCGCGGCAUCUGCUUCUCCACCUUGGCCACAUCCUCCGCCGAGCCCUGCUCCCUCUCGAACGCAAGCCACGCGUUGAGCAGCGUCACCCGCUCCGCCUUCCGCUCCCGCAUGCCCUUGAGCGCCCGCUCGAACACCUCGCGCGUGCGACCCUUGGCCUCCUCGGAUACGCCCUGAUCCUCCUCGUCCGCUGCCGCCUCGCCCCCGUCAGGGGCCCCGAGCUCGAACUGCGCGUAGCUGAUCCAGACCUUGGGGUGGUCCGCCUUCUCGAGCAGCCGCUCGUACAGAGCCCGCGCCCGCUCGAACUCGCCUUCCUCCUCCUCAAAGUCGAUGUACUUCUUCCACACCAUCUCCGGCAUGUCCAGGACCGGCUGGUCGAUGCCCAGCUCGAAGAUGGCCCGCGCCCGUUCCAGGUCGCCCAGUGCCCGCUCGAGCUGCGCCCAGUCGAUCCACGUCUGGCAGUUGGACGGAUUGUAUGACACGUGUUUCUCGUACAGCGUCCGGCACCGCGUGAACUCGUAGAGCUUCUGCUCCAGCGCCACGUACCCCUUGAAUAGCGAGUCCUUGGGGCACAUCCCGAUUGCCCGACCAAGCGUCUUGCGCGCCAGCGUGAGGUUGCCCUGGCGGAUCUCGAACUGGGCUUUGAGCAGCCAUACCUUGGCAAAAGUGAACUUCUUGUGCGGGAUCAGGUUCAAGCAUGCGUCGUAGACCUGUCGUGCGCGCUCGAUAUCUUUGGCCUCCAUCUCUUCGUAUAUGGCGUAGAAAAUCCACAGAUAGAUGUACCGCCUCCAAAGUCGCUUCUCCUGUGCCGGUGGAACCUGGGCGACUGCCUUUUCGUAGACUUCCCGCACCCGCUCAACAUUGCCAGACGUCUGUUCCAGAUUUGCAUAGUCGAUCCAUGUGUCGUAGUUCUUGGCGUUUUCCUUGACCUGCUCCUCGUAAAGCCGUCUUCUCUUCGAAAGGAUAACAUCCUCAACGCCGUCCCGGUCGCCAAAUUGCUUCUCGAACACAGUGUACUCAGCGUGCAGCUUCAUAGAUCUUGAUCGCGGGAGGUUGUCCAGCGCGAACUUGAAGAUAGCCCUUGCCCGGUCAUACUCCUUGAGUUUUGCCUCGUACCUCGCAAAGGCAAUGAAUAAUCGCUCAUCCACGAACUCGUCACCUAGUGACUCGAUUGCUGUCUGGAAGACCUCCCGAACCAUGUCACUUGUCCCGAACUCCUCUUCGAAUUUGGCCCAUUUCAGGAAAUUUCGCGGCUCGGGAUGAACUAGAACAAAUCGCUGGAGGAUGUUCCGCGCGUUGUCAAACUCCUGGUAUCGCCUCUCAAAGUGGAUGUAGGCGCUCCAAGCCCGCUCAUCGGGCUGCCAUGUCAUCCACCUCUCGAAUACCUGCCGGCAUCCAGGUAUGUCGCCCAGACCUUCCUGGACGAAGACAUACUUGUACCACAUCUUGUCCACGCGGGGCAACAAAGUGACCGCGCGAUCAAGCAGGUUCCGCGCAUGUUGGAUGUUGCGCUCCUUGAUCUCGAAAUCAAUGUACCGCAUCCACAGCGCCGGGUUGGUCGGGAGCACAUCCAGGGCACGUUCGAAGACGGAUCGCGCGCGGGCAAACUCCUUGUACUGGAUCUCAAAGUCGGUGUACUGGGUCCAGUUCUUGAGCGACUGGCUGUUGCGGCGGAUGUAGUCCUCAUACUCGCGGCGCUUGCGGCCCUGGAACUCCUUGAGCUCCUCGAGAUCCGCGAAGCGCUGCUCGGGCUUGUCGAGGCCGCCCUCCUGCCUGUCGACGGCCUCGCGCAGGAGCUGCUCCGCGCUGAUCUGGAUGGGCGCAGCUCCCUUGUUCUUAACACGGGGGGGACCGCGUGAAGACUCCAUGGUCGGCGAGCCGGUAGGACCAGAUACGAUAACUGAAAAUGACCGAGGCGUCCCGAGGGGGGAUGAGGCGACAACGAUGAGGUCAGUGUCAGUCCUGUGGUGUUCGGGCUUAAGAUCGUGAAAUGAUGGACUACGAGUGAGUUGGCCCU